CACCCCUGCACACUGCAGCCACCUGCUGGCAGUGACUGUAAAUGACACUGCCACCCCACGAGACCAUUCCCUCGUGGCGGGCUGCUUCUGAAACACGCGUGUAAACGAGCUACUAAACAGAAUCCUGUGUGCUGCCAUGGACCAUGUGAAGAUGGAAUCUUUCCUGAUUAAAGAGGAGUUCCCUGACCUUGUACUUGUCCCCAUUAGAGUGGAGUUCUCUGGGCUGCCUUCCCUCCCCAUUAAACAGGAGCUCUGUGAGUUGCAAUGUGACAGCAGUCAGCCAGUCUCUGAGAUUAAAGCUGAGCAUAAUGAAUUGGAGAUCCCCCAGACAAAAUUGGAGAUUCCCCAGACAGAAUUGGAGAUCCCCCAGAUAGAAUUGGAGAUCCCUCGGACAAAGCACCCGGAGAACAUUGUAGAUCUGUUGUUAAAGACUCCCUUCGGAACGUUGGAAUAUACAGAGAAGGUUCGCAUAAAAUCUGAAGGCAGGCCUCGCCCUCAAAUAAACUCCGUCCAAGAUGAUGCUGGAAGGAGCCGGUCAUUUCGGUGUCAGUGGUAUGACAAAGUGGACUGGCUGACCGGGAGUGCUGUGACAAACUGCCUGUACUGUUGGCCCUGUUUACUCUUCAAUGUCUCGAAUAGUUUCGUUACCUGGACCAAAUCCGGAUAUAAUGAUUUUAAAAACAUGGACCGAUCAGUGAAACGACACUCCAAAUCCAAAGAGCACGUCAGUGCCGAGGUGAAAUUGAAACUGCUGGGACAAAGUCGCUUUGAGCACGUUGUGGACGAAGGCGCGCGAAUUCAAGUAGCGAAGCAUAACGAGACCGUGAGAAGGAACAGGGCUAUUCUGAAACGUCUGAUUGAUGCAACAACUUACCUGGGUCGCCAGGAGCUGGCAUUCAGAGGGCAGGACCACACGGCGGACUCGUUAAACAAGGGGAACUACGGGGAGCUGACGGAGGUGAUCGCGCACUACGAUGAAUUGCUUGCCACUCACAUCGAGCAAUCUGCCGUCUUCACUGGAAUGUCGGAACCCAUUCAGAACGAUCUGAUUUCUUCCAUCUCGUUGUCCGUGCUGGAGGAGAUCAAAAAGGAAAUCAAUGCUGCUCCUUUUUUUGCGUGGCAGGUGGACGAAAUGACCGACAUUAGCUGUCGUUCCCAGCUUUCUAUAAUCGUGCGGUAUGUGGACGAAAUAGGAUUGCCACAAGAGCGUUUCCUGGGAUUAUUUGACUCGACCGGUGUGAGAGACGGGCAGUCAGUGUUCAAGCUUGUCAGCACAGCCAUGUCCGAGUUCGAUUACAAGGAGAAACUGGUCGCACAGGCGUACGAUGGAGCUACGGUGAUGCCUUCUGAAUUAAACCGGCUACAAGCCAAAGUUAGAGAGGUGGCUCCCAGCGCUGUCUUUACACACUGCUGCGCGCAUCAUCUCAACCUCGUAUUAAGCCAAGGGGCAAAAUUAAUUACGCUGGCUCGGGUAUUCUUUGCAACACUAGAAGGGUUUUCUUCGUUUUUUUCAAAGUCCCCCAAAAGGGUAGCUUUGUUGGAAGAAACCGGUUGUGCUGCGACUCGCUGGAACUUCACUUCAAGGAUCGUCGGGACUGUUGCCAGUAACUAUGCCAAACUGCUUGAGACGUUCUCGCGCGUUGUCAGCUCUGAGGGAAUGGAUGAUGACACCGUCGGAGCGGCCAGCGGGUUCAUUCGUACCCUCGAAGAUUUCGACUUCGUCUUCAUGCUUUUCACGUUCAACCAAGUUUUCUCCGACACGGAUGCAGCAUACGAUAUUAUUCAGCAGAAAGCGAUGGAUGUCACCUUCUGCAAAAACAGAAUCGAGAACCUGCUUCGUUCCACAGAGGAGAAAAGGUCAGAAGAAGCGUUUAAUAAAAUCUAUGAAGAAGCAGCCAGCUUGACAGAAGACCCAGCUGACAGACACCUGAGAAAGAGACACCGACAGGAGAGUGUGAGCCGAGAUUCAAAGCAGCACUACCGCAUGCUGUAUCAUUCCGUUUUGAACAAUUUACUGCUUCAGAUCCAUCAUCGAUACUCAAGCCUGGAGGAGACGCGAUUUCUUGAGCUGUUGAAUCCCGAGAAAUUUGCCACAAUGAGGUCCACGUUCCCAGAUGAAGCGUUGGGGUGCCUGAAUAAGGGAUACGGGAGAUUUUUUGAAAUGGACCGUUUGAAAACGGAGCUGCAAGUUUUCUAUUGGGACAGGGAGCUGCACGGUGCCAGCAGCAGCAUUUCAGAUCUGCUGCAGUCCUUCAAGCGCAAUGGUCUUGACCGCGCCAUGCACCAGCUGUACAAGCUCAUGUGUUUAGUAGCAACAGUUGGAGCAACGUCAUGCGGUGUGGACAGAACCUUCUCCUGUCUCGAAAGGCUAAAGAGCUAUGCCAGGAACACAAUGGGACAAGAACGCUUUAAAAACCUGGCGGUUUUAUCUAUUGAGAAGGGCAUCGUGAAGGCGCUGGAAAAGAAUCCUUGCUGGUACGAUGGAGUCAUUGACCAUUUCGCAACGCGGAGAGAGAGAAGGGCAGACUUUAUCUACAAGUAAAGUGAAAGAGGACUGAGGAGCAAGGGAGCUGUCACCACAGAGCCAGCAUCGCCACCCAGAGCACUACUCACCCAUUCACAGCGUCUCCAGGAUAAAGGGACACUGAGCACUUUUUCGUGCACCCAAGGAUUAUAAAAAGAAGCCUUGUUUGUUUUGGGACUGUGACCCACUGUCUGCUCCCCCGAUACCAUAGUUGGUAGAGGGGCGGUAUUAUUAUUAUACCAAAUACAAUUAUUUCUCAUAAUAAAUACAAACUGUUUUGGGAACAUUACGUCUGGACAUCGCAUUAUUUCCCACCCCACACAGCCACAUCGCUACAAGAUCCUAACUGGGAUGACACUAACAUCCAGUCUGUGUUUGGGAAUGUGAAACUGUUCAGCAGCCGAGAUUUGAAUUUGUUAUUUUGUAAAACAAGUUAGCAAUAACAAGACAUGUUACAAGAAAUGUAAUUUCUUCAGCCAGUCUUGAUUACCGUGAUAAUUUACAGCGAUAAUCAAACAGAAAAUUGCACUGUCGUAAAACACUACAGUAUGUAUGAGUAUCGCAAGCAGCAUCUAUUCAGUGUACGUGUUUUAUUUAAAUUAUAAAAACAUGAUUACUGUUCUGUAUAACUUAUUUGUAAACUACAUGAGCUUGUUUUAUUCCAUGUUGUAAGAUAAUAGGAUUUUUAAAUCAAAUAAACUAGUAGCUAUGGUAAAUUAUGCAAAUGAGUGCAAGCGAAGGUUCGAACCUUUAGUCAAAAAGUGCCCUUCAUUACAGGCCUACAGUUCUGUGCAUUUUGCACAUUUUAAGGAUGUCAUUAUUAAUAUGAAUAAACAUUUAAGUGUUUUCCCCCUACGGAAAGAUAAUUCCAUACUUCUAAUCCGAAGAGGCUGUCAGGGACGCACCGUACAAAUACAGAGCAGCGUUUUGAAAUAAAGAAAUCUGAAAAGAUGCCUUUACACACGAGGUUGUGAAAUGCAAAUACUAGUCAAUAGAUCUAUUGCACAAGGCAUAUAGUAACUUGUUUUAUGAUGUGGAAAUGGAGUGGAGAAAUAAUUUUAAAACGAGGGGCUUCUUUUUUAAAUGUUCAAAUAUUACUACUCGUAAACACUC